AGUCUCGCGAGAUUAAGCGGCAUCCCACCAGACAGGACACAGCUAACAGUGACAAGAAGCGUCGUGAAGUAACUUAAGGAAUUAAAGCUGUUGUCAGCGACAAAGAACAGUGUAUAGGUUUGAAUAUGUAAGGUCCAAACAUCACAACAUUGUCGCUACCACUUAAGAAGUCUGUUUGUUUUUAGAGAUAAAGCAGAGAUGCUGGCCGGUCGCUAGCAUACUGUAGCUAGCUAGAUGCUAAAGUGAGCCUAGCCUGAGAAAACGUUUGCAUUCUUAUUGUUUACCUUGAGAGUCGAGUUGCUUUAACGAUGAAGUGUCACUAUGAAGUGUUAGGCGUGAAACGGGACGCUGGAGACGGUGAUUUGAAGAAAGCUUACCGUAAAUUAGCCUUGAAAUGGCAUCCAGAUAAAAACUUGGACAAUGCUGAGGAGGCGGCGGAGCAGUUCAAACUGAUUCAGGCAGCUUAUGAUGUCCUGAGUGAUCCACAGGAGAGAGCCUGGUAUAACAAUCACAGGGAGGCUCUGCUGAAGGGAGGGCUGAGUGGCGACUAUGAAGAUGACAGCGUCGAUCUGUUGCAGUACUUCACGGUCACCUGCUACUCUGGCUUUGGAGAUGACGAGAAGGGCUUUUACACAGUUUACAGGAAUGUUUUUGAGUCCAUUGUUAAGGAGGAGAUGGAAAACAGCAAAGUGGAAGACGAGGAAGAGGACGAGGAGUUUCCUCCCUUUGGAGACUCUGAGAGUGAUUAUGAUACCGUAGUGCAUGUGUUUUACGGCUACUGGCAGAGCUUUUGCACUCGCAAAAACUUUGCAUGGAAGGAGGAAUAUGACACGAGGCAGGCCUCCAACCGCUGGGAGAAGAGGGCCAUGGAGAAGGAAAACAAGAAGACCAGAGACAAGGCUCGAAAGGAGCGCAACGACCUGGUGCGACAGCUAGUGGCUUUUGUUCGCAAGCGUGACCGCCGUGUGCAGGCCCACAGGAAGCUGGUCGAGGAACAGAACGCCGAGAAGAUCAAGAAGGGGGAGGAACUGAGACGGAAACAGAAGCUCAGCCAGGCCAAGCUGGCGGAGGAGUACAAGGAGCAGAGCUGGGCGGCCAUGUCUGAACUUGAAAAGGAGCUGCAGCAGAUGGAAGCUCAGUACGGAGAGCAAUUUGGAGAUGCAUCUGAGAGUGAGGAGGAAGAGCUCGAUAUGGACGCUCAGGAGAAGAACGGUGAAGAAGGAGAAUCGGAGCAGCCUGAUGGAGACGACCUGAUGAUUGAUGAAUAUGAUGAUCUCUACUGCCCAGCAUGUGACAAAUCCUUCAAAUCAGAUAAAGCAAUGAAAAACCACGAAAAAUCCAAAAAGCAUCGGGAGAUGGUGGCGUUGCUACGACAACAGCUUGAGGAAGAAGACGAGUCACUUGGUUUGAAUGUGGAUGGGAAGGAGGACAGAGAGGACGAAGAAGAGGAGGAAGAUGACGAAGAAGAAGAAGAGGAGGAGGAGGAGGAGGAAAGGCCAAGGCAGAAACUGUCCAAAAGACAAAAGAGGAAAAAGAAACUACAGAAAGUGCCGCAAGCUCCUCCACUACAGCAGAGCGCUCAGGAGGUGGAGAAGAAACCAACACCGACCACCACCUGUAAUGAAGAAGCCCCUGAAGAGUCAACCGACCCGACAGAGGCUGAAAAGCAGGAUGAUGUCCCUGCUCCUGAAAUAAAGAGCAGCGCUGGAAGGAUGAAGGGAAAGAAAGGAGGAAAAGACAAACCAAAGAACGUCAAGUCACACACAGGAGAGCAGCAGCCGGAGAAGGAAGGAAACCUGCGCUGCGUCACCUGUAACUACGAGUUCCCCACUAGAAACAAGCUGUUCGACCACCUGAAGACCAGCGGCCACGCCACCGCCGUCUCCGCAAACGGCGCCCACAGCUCCGUGAACAAGAGCAAAAAAGACAAGCGGAAGAACAGAUAACACAUCUUCAUUCGGGUUGAAGAGCCUGAGAGAGUCUGGCUCAGCGGGGGACACGUGGAACAACACUGAGAAGUUUCAGAAGGCUACAAAACCUUGGGAAGUGGUCUGAGGUGGACUGGACUGACUGAGAGCAGAUAGCUUUUUUUAAAAAAAUGACACCAUGAGCAUGUUUGAUUGUGUGAUUGAGUCUUUCAAAUUGCGCUGAUCAGUUUUUCAGUAUGUAUUUCUUCUUAACUUAUGAAAGUCUCUUAACUGACAAAGCAGCAGGGAGAAAUCGUUCAGGAUGUGAAUAGGAUACGUUUAUCCCCGUUGUCAUGUCUCUGCUGUUUUCAGGAGCCAUGUCCUCGUUGUUUGUCACGCACAUCUCUGUAGUGGUAUUACUAAUAAAGGUGAUGCUGCACGCCAGUAUUUAUACAACCCUGCAA